AUGCGAUCCGGGAAUCCACAUGUAUCUCGUAGUGGCCUCGAUACUGGGUCUGCGCAUGCCUCUUCAUCAAGUCCUUCAGAAGUUUCAGAAUUUGGACGGAUGAGGAUUGAGAUUGAGAUAUUGAAGAACGCACUGAGUGAACAGAAGAAGAAUAAUACGAAACAAGCAAAGAAAAUUGAAGAUCUCGAAGCUGAAAUCGUCAUUGGUAAAGCGAAAAUUAAUGUCCUGAACGCUAAGAUCCUCGUUCAAAGAGCCCAUUUUCAGACAAUGGAUGAACGGGAAGUCCGACUUCGUCACUUGUAUGAAUCGGAACAUACGUCGAACGAAGAACUAAUGAACGAGUUCGAAACAUUGCUUACAUGUAAUAUAUGUAUGGAAGUAUUCAACAAUCCCUUCUCAUUAUCCCCUUGCGGUCACACGUUCUGCCUACAGGACCUCCAAGAAUGGUUCAGGAAAGCUCCUUCAAUGGAAUAUGCUAUGGACGAUGACAUAUAUGAUCCCGAAUACAUUAUGAAUUGCCAGAAGUCAUGCCCUACCUGUCGUGCUAUUGUCAUAGGUCGACCUCUGCCUGUUUACUCGGUCAAGGAUAUUAUCAAUGCUCUGCAAAAGGCUAAACCUAAUGGGGGUUCUGCUGCUGAUCAUAGCACUAUAUUAUCCUGUUCAAAAGACCCCUGGGAAGGCCUCUUCCCUCUUACUGUCUCUUCCAGUUGGAGCAGUAGCCCAUAUACUUCAGAGGACCCGUGGGAAGGCCCUUUGCCUGAUGACCUCUUUCCCAAUUAUGAUGAGGUGGAGGGUCAAUCUGAAUCUGGGUUUGCUGAUGAAGAAACAGAUGGUAAUCCUGCUGGUCCUGCCUAUGAAGAAGGAUAUGACAGUGCGAUUGAUGAAGAGGAAUGCAAUAGUCUUGCUUAUUAUGAAAACAUGUAUGGGAUUCCCUCUGAUGAAGAGAAGGAAGAGUGGUAUAACCACUUUGAAGAGAUGUAUGGUCAUCUUGUUGAUGAAGAGGAGGAUGAUUGUAUUGGUGAUGAGGAGGAGUAUGAGAGUCCUGCUGAUGGGGAUGACAAUAGUCCUGCUGAUGGGGGAUAUGAUAGUCCUGCUGAUGGGGGGUAUGAUAGUCCUGCUGACAAUGGGGGGUAUGAUAGUCCUGCUGAUGGGGGAUAUGCUGAGGAGCAGGAGGAUGAUAUGUUCUGGUAG